AUGGCCUCCCAGAAGGACCCAGACAAGAGCUGGGAGAAGAAGCUCCCAAAGAACAAGUUGGAGCAGAAAAAUUGCAGCCCCAAGGGACAGGAGGAGGAGGAGAAGGGCAACAUGGACGAUGGUGAUGAGGAGGAGGGCCUCAUGGAGGAUGAUGAUGAUGAGGAGAAUGAUGACUAUGAGGAUGAGGAUAAUGAUGAGGAGGAAGGUGACCAGGAUGAGGAGGAGACGGAAUAUGCAGAGGAGGAUGAAGCCAGAGCAGGUCCCUCUAUGCCACUCAAGCAACUGAAUCAGUGCCCUGAGUGUGGGCAGAGCUUCCCACCUGGCUCAGAGUCACUGAAGCACCGCUGCCCCCACCCUGGCACCCGGCCCUUUGUCUGUGGUGACUGUGGCAAGAGGUUCAGACACAGCUCUCUCCUCAUCCGCCACUGCCUGACCCACAGUGGCGAGAAACCUUUCAUCUGUGCUGACUGCGGCCACGGCUUUAGACGACGCUCUGAACUCACAAUCCACCGCCGCAUCCACACUGGGGAGAAGCCCUACAGCUGUGCUGAUUGCGGCCAGCGCUUCAGACAUAGCUCCGCCCUCACCAACCACUGCCGCACCCACAGCGGUGCCAGGCCGUACAGCUGUGAUGCCUGCGGCAAGAGCUUCACUCGCAAGUCUUCCCUCCGGCAGCACCGCAGUGUGCACAACAAAGAGAAGGCCUUCACCUGCAGGGACUGUGGCAAGAACUUUAGUCGCAGUUCCUCCCUCACCGUCCACCGCCGCAUCCACACUGGCGAGAAGUUGUUCCCCUGUGCUGAGUGCGGCAAGAGCUUCACCACGAGCACGUUACUGAUCCAGCACCAACUCAUCCACAGCGGCGACAAACUCUACAGCUGUGCCGACUGCGGCAAGAGAUUCGGCCGCAGCUCCGACCUAACCAGUCACCACCGCACCCACACGGGUGAGAGGCCUUACAGCUGUGCUGACUGUGGCAAGAGUUUCACUCAGAAAUCUUCCCUCACCCGGCACCGCAGUGUCCAUAGCACUGAGAAGUCCUUCACCUGCAGGGACUGUGGCAAGAGCUUCAAAACCACCUCCAGCCUCACCAUCCACCGCCGCGUCCACACCGGAGAGUUGUUCCCCUGUGAUGAGUGUGGCAAGAGCUUCACCACGAGCACUGCAUUCAUCCAGCAUCAACUCAUCCACAGCGGUGACAAACCGUACAGCUGUGCCGACUGCGGAAAGAGUUUCACCUGCGUCUAUAACCUCUCCAGGCACCGUCGUGUGCACACGAGUGACAAAGCUUUCACCUGCGACGACUGCGGCCAGAGCUUCACCAGCAUCUCCUGUCUAACCAAGCAUCGCCUCAGCCACACCACUGACCAGCCCCCAGAGCAGGGGAGGUACAAAUAGAUCUUCCCAGGGUCUACUGGGGUAAU